GCUCAGGGAGUAAGGAUGCCUGCUUCUCCAACGGGGUUUGGAAACUUCUUCAUGGACAGAAACAUCAACAUGCCCGCUGGAUAUCAAUUAUUGGGCUGUCCGCCUGGAAUGCAACAGCCACCGCCACAUCUUGUGGGAAUGGCUGGGGUUCCCUUACCUUUCCCAGGAAUACCGGGAUACAGUUUCAUCCCUUAUCCUCAUCCGGGACACAUGGCACACAUUAGCAAUUCCUAUGACCUCAAGGCUGCAUCUCCGUAUCACCAAGCUCUCCUCGGACGUGGGGGACCCUAUUACACUCCAUAUCGUCCCAUGCCAGCUGAUGACCCGAGUAGGGUCACCAAAGUGGCCACCAGGGAGAGCACCAGCGCUUUGAAGGCCUGGCUCAGCGAGCACCUGAAAAACCCAUAUCCCACUAAAGGCGAGAAGAUCAUGCUCGCCAUCGUCACCAAGAUGAGCCUCACGCAGGUGUCGACGUGGUUCGCCAACGCCCGGCGCCGCCUGCCCUGCUUUUUUCCACUCUUCAGUACGGAUAAGCGUGAGAUAAGCAUCAUGCGUUUAAAGACUUUUAGAGGCCGUUAA